GUUUAGAGUGACAUCAGUGUGAGUAAAUGAUGACAGAAUUUUCAUAUUUGGAUGAACUAUCCCUUAAUGUUUUUCUUUUGUUUUCAUUGACGAGAAGUCAAUAAGUAUUGAUUUGUCUUGAAUGAUACGUUUACUAUAUUGUUUUUAUGGUCCACUUUUUCAGCCGGUCUUUUUGUCUUCUUUCUCUGUCGGUCCAAAUUGUUUUGAGAUUGUGGGGUAGCAGCACCUCCUUUGGUGGGAAACAAAUCUUAAUCUGGCCCAUUUAGAUUAGCGGGAGACAUCAGAUGGCCCUGUUCAUGUAACUGAGACUGACUUAGUUAAUAAAUUUGUUUUCCUCCUUGCCGUCCAUGCAGUCAUAACCUGUUGCACCUGACCUCUGCAACUUAAUGCAGUUUGCAUCAAAUUUAAAUGCAUCUGACCUUGUGCUGCUUCUCACAAGAUUUUCCUGUCACGUCAUCUUAAGGAUCUUAAGUUACUACGACACAUUCAGGAUAUUCCAGGCGUGAGCGAGCUGUUGAAUUGUUGUAACAGCAUCCCCAGCUCAAGGUCGAGCUUAUCUCCUCAGCAAACUGCUGUAACAUGUUACUCUGUUGCUGAAGGGGCAGGACAUGGAGGGUAAGAUGUUCUCUGGCAGCUGAGCACUGCUUUAGGGGAGCUGGAAUCCUGUAUUAAUUAACCUUUGUGGUGGCGGCCCUGACAGUAGGAAGUCGGGAGUGUUUAUGAAAGCAAUUCUGACAGGGUUCAGACCCGUCGAGCGAGCAGCCAGCGGUGCUGUCAUGUUAUCUGAUGCCGUGACUCUGGAGGAGCGGUCUGGCAGGUGUGCCAUGUGUGUCCCUCUACACCUGCCAGCCCUGCCGAGCAACUACUGGCCUGAGCGUGAGGGGCUGCUGACAACCUUUUUUGAAUUGGUUCCUGUGUGGCGACAUCUGAGAUCAGAAGAGCAAACCGAUAUCACUGAGCCUUUUGUUUCCUCCCAGAAGAUCUCCCAAACAGCUUAUGGUUCAUUAUGACAGAGAAACUUAAUUCCUCUUACUGUUCUUAUAACAUAUUUUAAAGCAGUGUGGAUUUACUCAUAAAACGCACCGUAAUGCCAGCUGGGUUUUCGUGCUUGACAUUACAAAAAUGCCCACUGGUCAUGUAUGUAAAGCUCUUUGACUGAAAAGAAACAAAAUCAAAAGUACUGCUGGAGUUCUCUGCUCUAUUCACUUAUGGCACAGAUCUUAAGACAUUUUCAUUAGCUGUAAAAUAUCACAUCAGGGCAUCCUACUGUUGAACAUGACUCAUGGGGUGGAGUCUGUCCCUGAAACUCACCAGGAUUCUGCUGCUUUAACAUAUCUGGAAGGUUUGCUAAUGCAUCCGGUCACCACUGGACCUGCUGCCACUGCUACACGGAGAUCAGAACCGGUCCACAACAAUGAAGAGAAUGCCAACAGGGUGACUAGGGUGUUCCAGCUUCCUAACCAUGGCUCCCCCUCGCCAGACAAGGGUAGCCCACCUAGUGCUGCCUCACAGCACCUUAAAAAAGCCAGGCUGCUUCGCUCAGGAACAUGGAGUGAAGAUGACAGCCAGAAACGAACAGGCACUGUAGUGGAAGUGAAUGGACAGAGAAAGGAGCACUAUAAAGGAGGCCUGGAUGGCUCUGGCCAGGGGGAGAGCACCUUGCUGGCUUCUCUGCUGCAGUCUUUCAGCUCUCGGCUGCAGAGUGUCAACUUGUCACAGCACAUUUCUCAAAGCCACAAACCGCUCAACAGGGACAGCAGAGAAAGUGCUCCUGCUGAUAAGGAAACCUACCAGAGUUACAGCACCGCGUCAGGCCGCCUAAAAAGCCUCAUGAGGAAAAGCAAGCAACACAACCAUAACACUGUGCCUUAUUGUCGUCAGAGCAACCAGAACCGAAGCUCUGAUUCUCCUCAUUCUUCUCAAAGUUCUGCCCAGCCCACUAGCUCUGAAUCCAUGUCCUGUACAGAGCGACUCAAGGCUGUUGCCAAUAUGGUAUGGACUAGGUCCAGUCCGGCCCCUUCACCCAAGCCCAGUGUCGCCUGCAGUCAGCUGGCCUUAUUGCUGUCCAGUGAGGCUCAUCUUCAGCAGUACUCCAGAGAGCAGGCCAUAAAAGCACAAUUAACCAGCCGGUCAGCCAGCGAGAGGCUAGCUGCCAUGGCUACUCAACAAACGCAGGAUAAGAGGCCUCCCAGCACGGGGCAGCCAACAACUGCCCUAGACAUGCUAAGCUCCUUAAAUGUUCAAAACGGAACACUCCCCCCACCAGAGGUAAACUCCAGCAAAAAAAGCCCUUCCCUUUCCUCUCCCUCCAAGAGAACCCCCAAAGAAAGACGGCCCUUCGACAGACAUGGUCGAACACCUCAAAACUGCAGCAACCUGUUGCUUCUACUUUUGAACAAUCACAACUCCCAGCAGCAGCUCACCAGGAAUGGACACCUGGAGGAUGACAAUGGCAUCCUCCCGAGCCGGGCCUCCUCCCUGCAGUCUGACAGCGAGUACUCCAACCAGGAUAACAGCCUGACCAAAGACAGCAGUGAUGCUGAGAGCUUCUCCAGCUGUUCCCCCAUCGACCUCUCCAUGAAAAGCAGAGCGCCUAGCCAAAACUCAGAGGCCUGCUCUUCCUUAACCCCCUCUGUGGAUAAGCUCACAGAGUCUCACAUAAACAAAUGGAAGCUGGGAUCUUCUGUGCCGAAGGUCCUUGGGGCCACAGAUUUGGAUACCAGCCCGGACAUGAAAUCCCAUGAUAAGGUCACUCUAAUGCAGUUACUGCUGGACCGCAGAAAUAGCGAGAAGGUAAACAAAAGUUCAGAUCAUCCUAGUUUGCGGCCUGACGCAAUAAUCAGCAGCUUGACUGCAGGCCCGCUUAAACUGAUUGGCACACCUGAGGACAGCAGAACGUGGAGUCCUCUGGACCCCCAAACAGCUACCUACAGCUCGAUCUCCCCUUCAUACUCCUUCCCUUCACCCCAUGCCCAGUCCAGUCCCUUAGAUCUGUGUAAGUCUAAACCUCACUCAAGUGAAAAGAUGCUGGAGCCUCCUUUUAGUGCCAGCAAGCUACUACAGAAUCUGGCCCAGAGUGGUAUAAACAACUUGUCCCCUUCUCCCCCUCCUCUACACUCUCACAAGCCGACAAGCAGAAGGCAAAGCCCAGAACUUGAGCUUGACAAGCAGAAGGCCCUCUUGGAUCGACUUGUUGUUCCACACAAGCGGAACAGACACUCCAUGCUGGAUGGAGGUUCCCCACCUGCUCUCCCAGCUCACAAAUGUAAGCGAUCACCCUCUACAUCAACACCUAUAGAAAACCUUCUCGAGAAGCGCACUGUGCUGCAGCUUCUGCUGGGAACAGCUUCACAGAAGGAAAGAACCAGUGGGCAUAGAGUCUUGGAAGUAACCUCGGGGGGAUUGGAGAAACCUCAGAUGGGCUCUGUCAACUGUGACAGCUCAAAUAGACUUUCUCCAGGCCUUAAAAUCAAAACCGAGCCAGUAGAGGAAAAUCUUUCAUCCAAUAGCUCCGAUGAUGGGGUAUACCAUCAGAGACGAUCAUCACGACACUCACCCGCUGCUGAAGCACUGGAUACAAAAUCUGAACUAUGUCCUACAGAAACCGCUGCUAAAUCUAAACUUCUCAGCCAGCUUUUGAAACAGCAGACUGCUACCUAUCAUUCAAACCCACAUACCAGGCUCCUCAGGAACUCCAUUAAAGAGGAGCCAGUGCAUUUUCAGAGCCCUGUUCCUAAAAAAAGAAAACUCUGCAUUGAGCUAGCAGAGCACCUAAGUAAUAAACUCUGUCAAACAUCUCGAGAUAUCAUUAGUGACAAUCUGGUGUCUGGAACACCUGAGUUGAAUGGUAGAGGGCUGGUAAAACCAAAAGAAGAAGUGUUAAUAGGAAGUCCUAGGAGUAAAACCCCUCUCUCCAGAGAAAGCCAAGGCUUCAAUGUUCUUAAGCAACUCCUCCUGUCAGAAAACUGUCUGAAAGAGCUAUCCCAACCCAGAGGGACCCCAAGUCCCUUCAUCCCUCAGGCAAACUCUGCAGCAAAUGGAAGCUUAACCCAGUCUAGUUUCCCUCAGGAGUUGUCGAACUUACCGUGGUACCCCUGUUAUCUCAAUACAAAUCCAAAGACAGCACCUGCUUCUGUUGAUACCACUGGGGGGUCGCUAGUUUGGGAUGAGGGCUCUCCCAAAGCCAGUCCUAUACCUGUUAAAAAUGAACCUGAGGGAUUCCAUGGAGAAACUUUUAGCAGAGAGGAGAGAUCCAGUCCAGACUCACCCCCUUUAACCAGGUCUAAUCCGAUUCUUUACUACAUGCUUCAGAGGGGAAACGGUCAGCUCAGACCUGAGAUGCAGGAUCAGAUGGAGCCCGCCCACCAUGUCAUGGGUGCAAAAGUGGAGCCGCGUAUUGAUUAUGAGCACAGGAUAAACUCUCCAGUCCACAGACAGACUCACAGCUAGAGAAAACAGAGCCUGAACUGCUUCGUGGAAAAAUGGUAGAUAUGAACUGCCAAAGACAGAGAGAAGCUUAAGAAUUGUGUUUAUGGUCAUUUUUUUUUUUUUUCGUUUUGAAGCAGAAACUGAAUAAAUCUAACCAUGGAACAUGAUAAUUCAGUUUAAAACAUUUGGCUUUUCAAUUAUUUCAGUUGUACAUUUUGAUUUGUUAUUUUUAUUAAUGAUAUGAUUCUCCAUGACAUAAUUAUUUUGUAUGCACAUAUUGGAAUGUUGUUGUUUUUUUUUUUAUGAAUGUAUGCGGAGCUAACUUCUUUUUCCCAUACUAUGUAAAAUGUCCACCACAAAAAGCUUUUCCUUUUUCCACAACUGAAACAUUUAUGAAGAACAUCCCAUUACUGUAAGUGUAUUAUUGAUGUUACUGUUAAUUUCACACUAUAUUAAUCUACAGCCAAAUCAGAACCCCUUCCAUUUUAUUGAGGCAAAGAAAACUGUAUAGUCCAAGCACAACAUAGGAUUUGUGGCAUUGAAAUGUCCAGUUAUAAAGUAUAUUUUCUUACAGCGGAAUUUAAUGAAACAUCGGUAUAAUGUAUCGGGUAUCUUUCUUGGAAAGCUACCUGAGGUCAAGAGGGUUUUCACAUGCGAUCGUGAUUUACUGGAAUGUUCUAUAAUCGUAGCUUAGAUUUACAGUGCUUUAUUUUAUCAGGAAUGAAACUAUAGCUGUUAUGUGGUGAUAAUGGCAUGAACUUUAAAAAAAAACAGAACAAACCUGAGUGUCAUAUUUUUAUCCAAUUAAAUGUCUUUUUACAAUUUUGUAUAAUUUGUUUUGUAUCUUAUCUAAAUAUCCUGUAUGAAGCAUUCACAUAUUUACAGUGUCGACAAGAAGUUGAAUAUUGAAAGAGAUGAUACAGUUUGUCCACCAAAGCCAUGAUAGGUAAUUAUGAUAUUUCUGGAAUUUAAAUGUUUCAGGAUACUGUGAGAAUCAUAUGCUCUACUGUGAGAAGGGAUUGGAAUUCAGUCUGAAUCUUUUGUUUUUUCAUAUAAAGGCACAUCACUCUUCACAUCACUUAAUCACAUCAAGUCUUAAACAUUAUCCAACAAGAAAAUUGCAGAUUUUAUUCCAUAUUCUAUGUACGGUUCAUGUUUUGACAAUUAGAUACAUUUAUGUACAUAUUGCUUUCAAGAUGACUAUUUUGUAUUGUUCAAGAAAAAAAAAAUUGUUUUUAACGUCUUGCAUUGUACAUUAAAAAAAACUGUUAUAAUGUAAAUAUUGGUACUGGAUGAUGACACUUUUUUGCAUGUCUUGUGUUGUGCUAACGAUAAUCUUUGUUCACAUCUACUGCUCUAUCUGAGGCUCUUUGCUGCCUGUAGCAUGCACACGCAUGGGGAGUCCCUGUAUUAUGGGGAAAUGUCAAGUCUUAAAAUAGAUGUUUUUAUGUGGAGAGAUGGGUACUGAAACCAUAAUCUGUCUGCAAAUGCAGUCCAAGACUGUUCAAACCUGAGGAAAUACGUGCAUAUCUUUUCUGAAUGGUUUUGUUUGUUCUUGGUAAUAAAUAAAUAAAUAAAACACUAAAAACGACAUUGCUUUGAUUUUAAUUUAGAGUCACUCUGCAAUGUUGUAGCUCUGCAUUGUGAAAAAAAAAAUUUCAUAUACUCCUGUGAUGACUGGAGCCUUUCAGUUUUCUUUUGUUCUUUCUUUGGUGUUUAUUUGCACUGAUGGCGUAAUAAAAAAUUGAAAUGCACACAA